GCUUCUACAAUACAUACAAACUAUGGACGACGACAGGAACGAUUAUGAACACAUUAUUGUACAUUCAGGCACAAAUGACAUAGAGAAACUUUGGCUUAAACUUUCAAACAACAAUGGGAAUAACGAAAAACUCUCCCGCAAAGCAUUCGCUACCAUAUCUAAUUAUGAAAACAAGAACUUUUGGCAUAGAAAAAUUAAACAAAUACUAGACCUUGCGGGUAGGAGCGAUAUUUGGCUGACUGACACAAACACUCCCGAAGCAACUUACAGUUUUCUUCAACAAAGGCUUUAUGACAUUGAACAACAGACAUGGCUUAGCUCUAUUCAAAAUGACAACAGAAAAGACCAAGCCCAAAAGAACAAAUUGCGUACGCUCAAAAAGUUUAAACUGUCCCACAAUUUAGAAGAUUAUCUAACGGACGUAAAAAAUAUUGACCAUAGGAUUGCCCUUACUAAAUUCAGGCUAAGCAAUCAUAAGCUAGCAAUUAAAACUGGAAGGUAUGAAAAGCCAUAUAAAAAGCCUAACGAAAGAAAAUGCUUAGUAUGCCAGACAGGUAAAGUGGAGGAUGAAGAGCAUUUUCUGUUAGAAUGUCCGGCCUAUAAAGAUGAUCGGGAUAAUUUACUGGAUUUCCUUAAAACGCAUGCAGGUAUCAAUGUUAGACACCAUGCCAACAAAGAAAAUAACUUCGUCAGAAUUAUGGGAUUGAGCCGGAAUGAAAACGUGAAUCGGCGCUUAGCGAAACAUAUUUUUGAAUGUAUGAAGGCAAGAAAUGUGAAGCUUGAUGACGACGUACGGUGACGUCACCUAAUCAUUCGAAACAA